AUGAGAGAUCAAGAAACUGAAAAGGAAGAAUUAAAUUUAGAAAGAAAUAUGUCAGCAGCUUAUAAAUUACCAUACAUAUUUUCAUUAAUAGAUUUUGAUCCAGAACUAUUACUAAAAAAAGAAGAUGAUUUUUUUUGGUUAAAACAUUAUUAUUCUGGACUUAAAGAUGAGCAUAUUAAAAAUGAUAUUUUUGUCAAUCCCGAUUUCAUGGAAUGGUUAAAAAUAGAAUUGAAUAAAUAUAUCAAGGUAGAAUUCAUGGAUAAACAAGUAACCAAGGCACCUAAACCCAAUGAUAAAAAUAAGAAACAAAUUAAUAAACAAAUAGAAAAAGAAUAA